UUAUUUUCCAAAGAUAACCGGAAGUUGUUUGCCGUGCUCCGCGUGGUUUGACCGCUUCUUUUAGACCAGAGCAGCUGUUUUGCUGUUGGGGAGGGACUGAGGAAAGGGUAGUCAAGAUGGCAAAUCCCGCAGACCCGGAGUGAAGGGGCACUGUUCCCCAAAAGCUGAGCCUGUUGCCCGUCCUGAGACAAAUCCAAUGAUGCAAACUGCGCCAGGAGGAGCCAGAGGGAUUCCCUGAAGAAAAAUGCCAGUGAGGCUGAAGCUGUUGUGACACAGUGUGUGCUGGAGGAAAGCUGAGUCAUCAAAUAUAAAUCCCUGUGGGACCAUAGAGUAACUGAGAGCAACUCGUAUCACUUAUGCCAAGAUAGAAGACCACCUCAGUCCCCGCCCUCCCCCCCUCCAGCACCAACAGAGAUGAUCUGACAGAAAACUGUGCAGAAACUCCUCUAGCAGGAAUUUAUCCAACACUGGCAGUAGGUGACUCAAAUUUUGACACUGAAAGGCCUGAAACAAACUGCUGUCCCAGCUAAGAAUGACAUUGCAGCAGCUAAACCUCACUGACUGACUGACCCCUCCUCUGUCUCAGAGACAUUAACAACCAGCUGAUUGGACCGCUGUCAUCCUCCAUCAGUUUUACCUAAAUCAGUAGCAUAAAGUUUGGGGAAGGUUGUUCUCUGCAUCACUCGUCAUAUCUCUCAGCCCAGCCCAGAACCACUGCAGUCAAUCCAUUUUUAACCCGUCUCGCAGACCAUGAUGUUUCGUGAUCAGGUGGGCGUGCUGGCCAGCUGGUUCAAGGGCUGGAAUGAGUGUGAGCAGACGGUGGCUCUGCUGUCCCUGCUGAAGAGGGUGAGCCGGACACAGGCCCGCUUCCUGCAGCUCUGUUUGGAGCACUCACUCGCAGAGUGUGCUGAGCUACAGGUCCUGGAGGGAGAGGCCAACAACCCAGGGGUGAUCAGCCAGUGGCAGGGCGAGUCAAAGGAGCGUGUCAUCUCACUUGUCCUUACCCAUCUUCCACUGCUCAAACCUGGCAAUGUUGAAGCCAAAGGCGAAUAUAUGCGCCUGCUGCCACGUAUUCUGGCCCACACCAUUGAGCAUGGCCAUCAUCUGGAGGAAUCUCGCCAACUCUUGUCCUAUGCCCUCAUCCACCCCGCCACCUCCUUGGAAGACCGUGCCGCUCUGGCACUCUGGCUAAACCACCUGGAGGAGAGGGCCGCUGCCCGUGGAGACUCACUGGAAAGGCCGCCUCCUGCUGGGCCGCAUCACCACCACCAGUCCACGCCUCCAUCCACUCUGACCUCAUCAGGAUCCUCAUCCUCCAGUAACACCUCUUCGUCAGGCAACUUGUAUUCCUUGCAUCACCACCAGCGCUAUGGAUCGGACGACCGCCUCAAUGGGUGGCAGGGCUCCAGGGAUUCGGGGCUGGGUGGAGGUUGGCAUCAGCAGCAGCAGGGCUGUGAGAAUGGGCAUCUGCCUCUCUACCCAUCAUCCUCUGUGCCGACAACCAUCAACACGGUUGGAACUGGUGGAAGCGGUAACACUAUCCUGACAAGUGGAGGUGGCAGCCAGCAGCACAGCCCCUUGAAGCGCUCCGUGUCCCUCACGCCUCCCAUGAGUGGGCCUAGCAACCAGCCUUUGGGCCACAUCUGGCUGUCCCAAGAGGACCUACGAACCGCUAGAGGUCCAGCCCCAGACCACGCACCUCUCUCACCCCAGAGCAGCAUUGCUUCCUCAGGCAGUGGAGGCAGUGAGCAUUUGGAGGAAGCUGGUUUAGGGGGAGGUUCAGGUCUGCAUCGCAGUUCCUUCCAUGAGGAGGGCAGUGGCAUGAGGGAUGUCCCUGCAUGGCUGAAGAGUCUCCGACUCCAUAAGUACGCUGCUCUCUUCUCCACAAUGACCUAUGAUGAGAUGAUGUCACUGACUGAAGAGCAGCUAGAGGCACAGAAAGUCACUAAAGGAGCAAGACACAAGAUUGCUAUCAGCAUUCAGAAGCUCAAAGAGAGGCAGAACCUACUGCGUAGCCUGGAAAAGGAUGUGUUGGAGGGCAGUAAUCUGCGCGGCCCUCUGCAGGAGCUCCACCAGAUGAUCAUGACGCCUAUCAAGGCUUUUGGUGGCGGUGAGGAGAGCUCCCUGCAGCGCCCUCUUCUGAGUCCUGAAGGCAAGAGCGCUGCACCUGGCUCCCACCUGACUGGGGGAGGCGGGGGAGAGGCUGAGUCAGGCACAAGUAUCAUUGCUGAGGGAGAUCUACCGGGCCAGUUCACUCGUGUCAUGGGCAAAGUUUGUACACAGUUACUGGUGUCAAGGUCAGAUGAGGACAACAUCAGUUCCUACCUACAACUCAUUGACAAGUGCCUUAUCCAUGAGGUACACAGUCCCUCUGGAAUACUCACACACACACUUUUAAUGUCAAAAUGAAAAAACAAACAAAAAACAUUAAAAAACGUUCCCAGGAAAACCCUCCUUGACGUAGCAGGGUAUCGACCGCAGAGAAGCCGUUUCGGCCAGUCCAGCUCCCUACCCACCACUGGUUGUGUUGGGAGUGGUGUGUCGGUCAGGAGAAGUCUUCGCCAGUUCCAGAUGCCCUCCAGGAGCUUGCCGGGUGCCAGGUUGAACUUGCUGGGCAGUGGAGGACUGCUGGGACCCACACCUCGCAGCUCCAGCAGCACACCCACUGGUCCCAAGCAGGGGAGACAGGGUUUGUGGUUUGCUAACCCUGGGGGCAGCAACAGUGUGCCCAGCCGGACCCACAGCUCCGUGCAGAGGACCCGCUCCCUCCCGGUUCACACCACACCACAAACUAUGGUCGCGUUCCAACAAGCUGAUCUUCAGUUACCAGUGACAGAGCCAGACAUCAACAAUCGCCUUGAGUCUCUGUGUCUGAGUAUGACAGAGCACGCCUUGGGAGACGGCCCUGACCGCACAUCAACAAUAUGAAAUGAGGUCCUGAGGGAGAGCAGCAGGACAUCACAGGUUCACAAGGCUCCUCUCUCACGAUAAGUCACCUUGAGGUCUCCAGUCCUCCCGUCCUCCUGUCCCCUCUCCCCAUACCCAGUGGUAGAGCUCAACCAAAGGACUGGGCAGGAUCCAAGAAACACGAGAGCGCCGAUCAUCAAACCCACUAACAUAGACCGUGCCGAUGUGUCAGUUUAUCGGUUCGUAAAGACACACUUCCUUUUCUGCCAGCAUGCUCACAGUCACCUGCAUUUGGAUGCAGAGAGAGAAAAAGCAAUGAACAUGGCCUGGACAGCAUGUGAACAGCACCCCUCUGGGCAGGCCAGAAGCUGUACUGCAGUUCAGUCAGCCCCAGCAGAAGGGAGACGCUGGCCUGUGGAUCAGGACCCAGCGAAACUAAGGCCCCUUCCCUCACUGACGCCCUCUGGUCCCUGCACAUUGACCACAGCUUUGGGCAUCUUUCAAACCCAAAACAGUACCUCAGACCCAAAAAGAAGAUGAGACAAGUAGGGCUAUAAGGAUGCAGAAAGAAGUUUGGGAUUUCCUCUUGUCAGAGAGGACUGUCCAGCUCUUGCUCAGUAUUGGGUGGCAGAAAAAUUGUUUAUUUGUGUUGUAUGAAUUUAUUGUUUACAAAAUGAUGCUACUUUCAGAGGGUACCGAAACAUCUGAAUUUCAGGUAUGAAUUGUGUAAAGCCUUGGUUGCCUACCAGCUUUACGUCCCAUCAUGCUAGUUUACAACCAACAUGCUUGUUCUUUGUUUUAAUAGCUGACAUAAAAUAUGUUGGCUUGAACUUUUACUGAGUGAGAAGACAGAGAAGGAGAUGGAGCACACGUGUACAGAAAGAUAAGGAGAAGAAGGUGGUGGGAAAAAAGACACAGAAAGUUGAAGAAAGCAUUAAUCUGAAGUGAUACUGGAAAGGGAAGCGGAUGUUUAAAGGAGAAGGACAUCAGAGGCGGGACCUUUGAUCGGCUGAAGGUGACAGAAGAAGGUGAUGUUGUAUCUAGUCAUGUUGUGUCUCUUCAAGUGAAUGAGUGUAGGAGGAUGUGAAUUUGGCUCCAGUCAGUUACAUAUUGUUUAUCCACAGCAUGUACUGUAUGAACUCUUUGAAUUCAGAGCCUUUGUAGGCACAAUACAUGAAAAUGUAGGUUUUUGUACUAAAUGGAAGAUGAUGUAUCGUCAUUGGGAUCUGUCUGCAUGUUCAGAUACUGGGUUUAGUUAUUUUUCUAAAGCAGGGUGAUAUGCUUAAGCUGCAUGUUACUAAAUAUCUUUCUCAGAGGAAGUAAAGAUUGUGAAAUAUGGAGUGGAGAAGACGGCAGAAGAACAGGAGGUUGGUGUGCAUUCCACUCUGACCAUGCUGGUAAGAGGAUUGCAGCAUUGGAGAAAUCACACUUAGUCAGUCCAUGAAGGGUAGUUCUCCCAGAGAUUGUCUCAUUAGUGCUUACCUCCACCUGCUGACCAAACACAGUCAUGGCAGGACAGACGACACAGGCGCCAUGAGGAAGCCCAUUGAUUAGGAAUGCUUCGGAAGUAUCCGUGCUAAUUUAGUCUUGGCUGCAGGAAUUUCUUCAGAUGUCGUUCUUGUAACAUGGUCUUCUGUCUGUUCUGUUAGUGCAGGCCUACAUAGAAUUAGUUUUUUUGUUUUUAUCUGAAUUUCAUGGUUAUUCUGUGUCUUAAUAUUUAUCCUCAGUUUAUUGUGUCUGGAAAAGACUUCAUAAGAAUAGGACUAUACAGCAAGAGGCUGGUUAGGAAACUCCCUCCUGUGUGUCCCGACCGUGGUAGCUGUCAAUAUGGGUCAUUGGUUAUUAGUGUUUAGUUUUUCUCAUUAGUAUGUUGCAAUUCUGUAGUGCUUCCUUUGUAUUCUGCACUUGAUAUGAUAAUGUGAUACACUAAAAUCCAAACAUUUAAGGCUCAAGCUAGAGUUUUGCGCUUUGCAGUCAGAUUGAAAGGAGCGGACUGAAGCGAUGAAACUGACACUCUUAACUGUAGAGCUACAGUCUCAGUGGACAGAUACAAGUGAGGACACGAUGGGUAUUGAUGUUGAAUGCAGCAGCAGAGACAAAUAACUCCUGAUGCCUCUCCCUGAUCUCAAAUGAUUUUUGUUUGUCUGAUGGCGGAUUUUAGAGAUGAAGAAAACUCUUAUGUCAUUUCAGUCUGGGCUGAGUCGUCAGUUAAAGGAACAUACCAGUGUUUAUGUACGUUUUAGCCCAGUAACAUAUUUGUGAUUAUCUUCAAGUAUCAAUCCAAGUUUUCAUCUCACUUUAAUAGUUUAGUAUACGAACUCUGUAAAAACUGAAAAAUCGCAUUCAAAAUCUCCGAGUUCAGUGUGAGAUCUUGGUGUGUUUGUUUUGUCCGGCCAACAGUCCAAAACAUUAAGACAAUCAAUUUCCUAUCAUAUACAACACAGGAAAAAAACACAGCUUCACAUUUACAAAGCUGGAACAAGCACAUUUUUUGUCAUUAUUGCUUGAAAAUGACAAAGUAUCAUUUGAUUAUUACAGUUGUUUCUUUUAAUCAACUAACCACUUAAGUGACUAGUCAUUGCAGCUCAGUGCAGGCUUUAUUAUCUGCACCUGCAAAUGAAUUACCAUAAAACAAUAACUGGACAAAAAGUUGAUGAAUCAUCUUAAACAAGCUUCAGGUCUAUGCAGUGUCAUUCACUAUAAUAUAAACGUCUGGUUCCCUUUAGGUUUGGGAAAACUAUAUAGAAAUACAGAUGUCACGACGGUGAACUUGAAAGAUGGGUAUCGGUGAUGCUUUCAGUGUGACUUUUAUUGAAGGAGCAUAAAUUCUGUUUUGGUGCCUUCUACCUUCUACAAACCAGUCUGGGGCCAUCAUCAUCCCACUGCCAUCUUGAUUAUUUGAAUGUGGCUUCAGAUCCAGUGAUGGUGGCUUGAGAUCAGUGCACACUCAGACAAACACCCACACCACAGGUAGAGUAGGUGUGUGUGUGUGUGUGUGUGUGUGUUGAUAGUUUCACAGCAUGGCUGUGCUGUCUUCAGUUUCUUGUCUCGGUGUUUUCUGCUCUUAUACUUUGAGUCUGUAAAACCCACACAUUUAUGAACGAAGAUAGAUUCCACCAAAGCAUGAAUGUGACAUGAACCCAUUUAAAUCCUGAAUGGGGAAACUGAUGUUACACCUUUCUUUUUCUGAAGCUCCUUACUGAAAGGCAGCAUCAGGAUCUCAUUGUAUUCAGACUUUUUGAGUGUCACUGCCAUAUGAAUCAGUACUUAAAGUAGAUGAAAUUAUUUAUUUAUAUAUAUUUUUUUCUUAAUUUUUGGAGAGGAGAGAGUUUUACUCAUUUAGGUGUUUUAUUAUUUAAAGUACCAUAUGUAUUAACAUGUUAUGGCUGGUGACCAUACGUACAUCUCAAAUAUUAGCAUAGUUAUUGUUGAUUUUGACUAUUGUCUUUAAAUUUUGUUGCUGUUGUUGAACUAUAAUCUUGUUUAUAUCAGUGUCAUGUUGCGGUCAUGUGAAGCUUUGGUGUCGGAGUGCAGCCGAAAACAGGAGUUGGUCUGUCACAGAUGCGUCGAUUCAUGUUUAGUUACACAAGUCAUGCUGGACAAGCUAUAGUAUCAGCAAACAAAGCAGUGGUGUGUUGUUCUAGUUUUUGGUAGGCCAGGGAGUAGACUGAUCCAUCCUGGGCAUUGCUGACCUUUAGAAAAGAUUAGCAUUUGGGAUUUGGAGUCUGCUUUUGGUGCUGUGAGAGUAUUACCACCUGAGUCUAUGGGUCAGUGGGAGAGGCUUGUGGGUUUCUAGGUACAGACAGGUGACAAAUUAAAGGAAAACCCUGAACAAAUGAAUGGUUUCUUUCAGGAUGACAUUCCCCCAUCCACAGGGUAGGAGGGCUCACUGAAUGAGUUGAUGAAUAUGAAAAUGAUGUGACUCGUAUGCUGUGGCCUUCGCUGUCACCAGAUCUCAACCCAGUUGAACACCUA